UUUGAGAAUCCAAAAAAUAUCUACAAUCUCAUCUUCGUACUUCGUCAUAGAGUCAUCGCCAAUGUGCCUUGCCUCUCUGUCUCUGAUAGUACCUUGUGUUGUGCCAUGUCAGAGGCUCAGCGUCAGCAGAGCCAGUUUGCCUGUGCCUGUGCCUGUGCCAGUUCCAGUGCCACCCUUGCUGGUUGUUCUUCUUGUGUGUAUCUUUUAGUUGUAUAUUCUCUUCUUAUUCAUAUAUGAUUAUUUUAGAGGGGAAAUGUUUUCAUUUAAAUAGUUGACGUGCGAUGGUCUAUCACAUCAGUUGAAUUUCAUCUUUCGAACGGUACUGGUGGUACGGUCGAUGACGUACGGUUGAAAAGAAAAUAAAUGUACAAGACACAAAUAAAAAUACAAUAAAACAAAACCCAAGAAAACGGAAACGGAAGCAAAGAAAAAGAGAAUCUUAUUUUAUAACAGUUGUUGGUGCUUGACCGGAUGAUACUUCUAUUUUUUUUUUUUGGAUUUUGAUUUAAAUCAGUUCGUGCGUCGGUACUGUUCGGUUGCAAUUUCUUAUAAGUGAGAAAUAUAUUUGUACCUCUGUGACUCCAUGAAACUUUGCGCGAUAUGACACGGAAAUAUAAAAACAAUAACAGAAACUUGUGAAUAUAAAUAAAUUAAAACAUUUUUUAAAAAAUACGCCUAAAGACUUAAACCUGUGUACAAAAUGUUGAAAACAUCGAUAAAGAAGGAAAUAACUGAUAUGUCGUUGCUAAAGAUGGAACGCCGUCAAUCAACAACAUCAGAUUCAUCUGUUGAACCCAUGGACUUGGGUCGAUCGAAUUCGAAAUUAUCCACAGAUAUGACCGAUCACAGCAGCACAACAUUACCAACAACAAAAACAACACAAAUUAAAGAUGCCAUUUUAUCAGAUGCCAAUACAAAGUAUCGCUAUGAAUCCGAUGCUGACGAAUCAGCCGAUGAUAGAGAUAGAGAUCACCAAAGAAGAUCACACAGUCAACAUCACUAUCAUCAUCGUCGGCGUGGCAAUACGGUUCGCGACAAACGCACCGUCCUACUGGAAUGCACCGACAGUCCACAUUCUCUGCGAAAGAAAUUUCGAUUCAGCAGUAAUAACCAUAAUAAUAACACAACCAUGCCCGAUGCUGUGAUCAAUUUAAAAACAAAGACAUCGAAUAAUGAUACUUCAAUCAAAUCAACUACAGCACCAACAAAUCUAACAGCAACAACAAACAACGAAUCGGGAUUUGUAGAUGCUAGCAUAAGUCAUGUUUUAAAUACAUCAGGCUCAUCGGCGACCUCAUCCACAUCAUCGUCGUCGCCUACUUCAUCGUCAUCGGCUUCGCCAUCGGCAAGUAGUAAUGUUGCGUCGGCCAUAUCCAGCCCAGAGUCGGGCAUGGGUGAACGUGAUGAUAUGAAGUACCUUUGCCCAAUUUGUGAAGUAGUCUCGGCGACACCGCAUGAAUUCACCAAUCACAUUCGAUGUCAUAAUUAUUCAUCUGGGGACACCGAAAAUUUCACUUGCCGCAUAUGUUCCAAGGUUUUAUCAUCUGCCUCCUCAUUGGAUCGGCACGUUUUGGUGCACACUGGUGAGCGGCCCUUUAACUGCAAAUAUUGCCAAUUAACAUUCACUACAAAUGGUAAUAUGCACCGUCACAUGCGAACCCACAAGCAACACCAGCAGCAUUAUCAUCGUAAUUCAAAUGGUACAAAAGGUGCAAAUGGUAGUAGCUCAAACCUAUUACCAGUUCUACCACUUACUGAGCCAUCGCCAGCAACUCAAACAUCAACUGCUGUAAGUGUUUUGCCUCCAAAAACUACGACGACGACGACAAGCGUAGGCAACAAUGGUGAAGUUUGUAACAGCAAUGGUGACACAAUUGCGGGUGGUGGAGAUGGAGAUGGUUGUGGUGGCGAAAGCUAUGACAGUGAUGGUGGUUGCUCAACAGAUUCAUCAAGUGGCAUCAGCCAAAGUUCCAAUAACAACAAUAACAGCAAUACAAACAACAACAAUAUAAGCAAUUUUAAACGCAAGAGCACCGACAGCUUAGAUGAUUUGGCCAUUAUGAAACGACGGGUGAAGACCACGAUAAACAACAAUAAUAUUAUCGAUAGCAUUCACGCCAUCCCGGAGCAAAGUGGAAUUGAAUUGCCAGGCGUCAACGAUGAUAAGAAACAACAACAGCAACAUCAACAGCAAAAGCUUUUUUGCCCGGUGUGUAAUCGUGACGAUUUCGGAGGAAUGCUUGCCCUGGGAGAUCAUAUGGACUCCGAUCAUUCGGACAUUCCAGCCAAAUGUCGUCACUGUGAUGUAGUUUUCAAAACCCACAGGCAGCUAAAUCUCCAUCCAUGCACUAGCAAACAUAAGAUCACACAGGGUUUCAAAGACCUGACGUUUGUUGACUUCUCUAGCGAAAAAUUCCCGCUUAUUGCAAAGUCUCUGUGCGAGCAGAGUAUCCGCGCACCAGUUGGGGCUCAAAAGUUCGAGUGUUCGAAGUGUUAUCGAGCAUUUCCAUGUGCCAGUGCUGUUGAAAUUCAUGAGAAAGACUGUUCAACAUCAGCUUUGAAUCUAUAUGUAGAGAAUCUACCCCAGCGAAAGCAAAGAGCUUACAGUGAAAGCUCAGCAAACGCGGACGAUGAUGACAAUCGUCGUGAGGAGUUUUUUAAUCGCCUUUACUUGACAAACAAAUCCACAGCACAAAGUAUGACAAGUUUGUCGGUAUCAUCACCAUCCCUGUCUGAUGUUAAGUCGUCCGAACUUGAAAAGACACCUGUGAAGAAUGCCCAAUUAGAACAAUUCCAAGAUACCAAAGAACUUGCUGACAUCCAAUCGAUCCUCAAUAUAACUUCAUCGUCGUCGACGAGUAAUUUUCUUCGUAACUUUGAAAAUUCUGUAAAUGCGCCCAUCAGUAAUUAUGGUGCUGAAAAUGGCGAAGAAGAGGCUCAAGAUGCUUUCACUUCAGAGUUUAGAAAAAUGAAACUGCGUGGAGAAUUUCCAUGCAAGCUCUGCACAGCUGUGUUUCCUAAUCUGCGAGCACUCAAAGGCCAUAACAGAAUACAUCUUAGUGCCGCUGGUCCAGGGCCUUACCGUUGCAAUAUGUGCACAUAUUCAAUCCAUGAUAAAGCAGCUCUCGUCCGACACAUGCGCACCCACAACGGUGAUCGGCCUUACGAGUGUGCCAUUUGUAAUUAUGCAUUCACAACAAAGGCCAAUUGUGAAAGGCAUUUACGAAACCGUCACGCAAAGACCACACGUGACGAGGUUAAGCGUGCCAUUAUUUACCAUCCAUCAGAAGACUCAAACUGUGACGAUGCCAUGAAGAAGUUGCACAUGUUUUCUUCACCCGAAUUCGAUCAAGACGAUAUGGAACAACAUCAUCCGCCCAAAGAUCGCUCAACUCCGGUUUCUCAUCUGAAGGAAAUGCUCCAAGCUGAAUCUAAGCCAAUGAAAAUUCAAGUCAAGAGUCUUGAAAAACUGAUUGAUAAACCAUCGUUCAACCAACCUAAUGAACUCGAAAAGGAGCCAAUAAUUCCCGAACAAGAGAAAGAGAUCAGCAGGCCAAUUGACCUUAGCAUGGAUGCAUUGGACUUAAGCAAAAAAUCUGUAAAAACUGAAAAACUCGAAGAGAAAAGAGCUCAAACUCCUCCACCACAAGCGUUACGUUUAAAUACCGCCCGUAUUUUAACUGAUGAGCCAAACAUCGACAUGCGAUUAUUGGAAAAAAAUCAGCAGCUUUUGCUAGCCCAGCAAAGACUUUUGAAUGAAGCCAUGCCAAAAAUGGAUCCCGCACACUAUUUUCAACUGUCGCAACUCUACAACAACUUGGUGUUCCAGCCACUCAAUCCAUUUUUACUACAGAAUUCCUUUCUCUCGAACAACAUCAGUGAUUUGAAUAAAUUUGCUCCCAUCGUGAAUCCCCUUUAUAGUGGAACACCUGUAGAGAGCCCGAUUGCACGCAGUGAAAAACAAAACCAAACAAGUUCACUUCCGAAGUCAAUUAAAGACGAAGGUCAUGUAUCGGUUAAGCAAGUUAACUCUCAAACUCAAUCACCAGUGCCCGCUCAAAGCCAGCCAUUGCCACGGAACCCAACACCGUCUUUAUCGCAAAUGCCAGCUUUGCCAAGAAGCCAUCAACAUCUCAUGAGUGGGACUCACCCAUCGGGAAUGCUGCCAUCAUCUUUGCCCAGUUCAGGACCUGUUAAGAUGGUCAUCAAAAACGGAGUUCUUAUGCCGAAACAAAAACAACGACGCUACCGCACUGAACGGCCGUUUGCCUGUGAACAUUGCUCUGCACGGUUCACUUUGCGCUCCAACAUGGAACGUCAUAUUAAGCAACAGCAUCCCCAAUAUUGGGCUCAACGACAACGUAGUGGCCAUCACAUAAUGCGUGGUCGUGCCAAUAGUUCGUCAUUACACUCCCACUUGCAAUCAGCUCACUCCCCCUUGGAAGCACAACACCCAAUUGGCCCUAGUGGCAUGAUGACAAAUCCUUUGAGUGCCAUUUCGGAUCAAGUUAAAUACGCUAUACUUGCUCAACAGUUGAAAGCCCGCAAGGAGACUGAUAUUCUGCAACAAGCUCUGUCACAAGGAUCCAGCAGUGUGCUCACACAGAACCCUGGAUCUGGUAUAAGCAGUAUUCGCCAAUCGCUCAGUGCAUCAUCGAAUACAAACAAUGGCAGCACUGAAGAUGACGAUCCCAAACUAGUUAUUGACGAGGACGAAGACGAGCCAGAGGAAGAAGAAGACGAUGACGAAGAAGAAGAUUGUGAAGACCGAAAGCCGGAUAACUUAACAAAAUUUAAUGAUUUUCCAGAGCAAACAACAAAUGAGGCUGCAAAGAAAGUUGCGGAAUCUAUCCUUGAGCAAGCAAUGAAAGCUGGAAGUACUAAGAUUUCGUACAACAACGACGAAGAUCAUGACCGAACAGUUAGUAAGGAUUUCGGUCUCAAGUUAUCGAAGAAUAUGAUUGCUCAAGCCGAAUCAGUAGGCAAAUUUCUGAAAGAAGUCGCAAGCUCUCCAUUUAAAGAUGAGUCAAACGAUUUGGCUUCAGUGUCUAGGUUAGUUGACAAUGCAACCAACUCAAUGUCAUUUAACACCUAUUUUCGACCCAGUGACGUAGUCAAUCAAAUGGAACAAAGUGAUGAGGAAGGCCUUGUCGCAUCAGGCAGUGCAUCGGAGAGCAAUAACUCUGGUCCAGAAGACAUGGUCAGUUCCCAAGAGCCGAAGAAAAAAUCAGCAUACAGCUCAGCACCUAAUCGUGUCUCCUGCCCCUAUUGUCAGCGAAUGUUCCCUUGGUCAAGUUCGUUACGAAGACACAUUCUCACUCAUACCGGCCAAAAACCAUUUAAAUGCUCACAUUGCCCACUUCUCUUCACAACCAAAAGCAAUUGCGACCGCCAUCUGUUGCGCAAGCAUGGAAACGUCGAAUCCGCUGUCUCAUUGUAUGUUCCCAUUGAGGAUGUCAAUGAACCUUUACCAAUACCCAAAUCUGUCGAGGAAAUCGAACUGCAAAAGCAACAGCUUCUCCUGCAACAGAAACAACAAAAACGGUUAGAAGAGCUUAAAGAAAUGGAAAGAAUCCAACCAGCUCCAGUUCAAAAGCCAGUAGAAGAGAAUUCCGAGCAGAUACCAACUCCCAAUACGAAUUCGAAUGCGAAUUCAAACUCUACAAAUGUCGUUCCUAAACUUGAACCAAUUUCUUCCUGUCCAAUGAUUUCGUCUUCAGAGUUGCCAUUCAAGUGUCAUCUGUGUGACAGUUCAUUUGCGGAAAGAUUCCAAUGCCUUGAUCACAUUAAAAUUCAUCACGCUCAAGAAUUUUCACUUCUUCUGUCAAAGGGCGCCAUAGACAAUGAUGCCGAUGUUAACAGCCAAGUUCAGUCCACCGAAGAUGAUGAAAAACGCGACGAAAGUCGCGGCAAGUACCCAGACUACACCAAUCGUAAAGUAAUAUGUGCUUUCUGUAUGCGCCGCUUCUGGUCUACCGAGGACUUGCGUCGCCAUAUGAGAACACAUUCUGGUGAAAGACCAUUUCAAUGCGAUAUAUGCCUCCGUAAAUUCACCCUGAAGCACAGCAUGUUGCGACACAUGAAGAAACAUAGCGGUGGCAGCCAUUCCAGCAACGGAGCCGCCAACGCCGGCAACAGUGGAUCUGAUGCCUCCGAUGAUGAACAACCGCCAUCAAGUGUUAUGCUUGCCAAUGCCCUACGCUCUCACAAAAUCCAAGAGCUUUUCUCAAAAGUCAACAGUGAAUGGCGCAAUAAUCGUAUCUCGGGCGAGCACAAAGAGAAUAUCGAAGAGCACAACAACCAAUCUGAUCUUAUUGGAAAUUUGCUAGGAAUCAGCGAUCAAGGCAUUCUCAACAAACUACUAUCGUCAGCUGAUGAAGCGGCCAAAUUUCUUGGUGUCGAAAAGUAAAGUUCUAGUGACGAGAAGUCCUGAAUUCUCAUGUAUCUCUUAUAUUUUUGGUUUAAAUAUUCAAAUCAUGUUUAUACUUAAAAAAGAUUCAAGAUUUUUACUGAUUUCGAUAGCUGAAAAGCCUGAUGUCUUUAUUGGCUUGAUCUAAAACAAGUUAAAAUUAAUAGUUAAGCAUUUACUGCUAACCAUUCAGAGGCCUUUAAACCGUGAGAGCUGAUAUGCUCUUAUUUUUCGUAUCGAAAUUUCUUGUUCAGUCUUAAAUCGAAUUCGAAUUCCCUCUCUAGUCAAUUGCUUAUAGAAACACAAUAAGUACCAAAAUACAAUGUAUAAAUCUAGAAGUAUGUACUUUAACUUCGGCUUUUAAUGCCAAAUAUCUUUACUAGUUUUAAGUUGUAUAUUAAUUACUUAAACUUCAGACUCAUAAAAAUAACAGAAAAAAGUUGGUCAAAGAGUUUAAAAAGUAACUAUAUUAAGCUAUACCAAAGCAAAUCAAAGACCCUGACAACAAGAGACAUGCAUACUUAUAUAAACUUAUAUACAUACCCUACUUGGUUUUUGUAGUUUAAGAUAUAAGAUAAUUAAGGGCUUAGCAUAAGUUAUCCUUUUGGAAAGUAUAUUUAUUUAGAAACAAAUAUAAAAACAUAAAUCUUUGUAAAACACUGGUGUAACCAAACCUAUUUCGUAUUCGAUAUUCUGAAACGUUAAACUAAAUCAAAAUUAGGUCAACAAUCUCUUAGAUAUUGUUGGGUAGAAAAUAAUAUUAAAAAACAAACAAAUAUUUCAAAAAAAAAAAAACUAUGUGAAUUUCUAGUAGGCUCUUAAAUAUCAUUGCGAUUUAAUAAUAAGAUAAGAAUGAAACUUUAAUGAGACUUUUAUUGACAAAAAUGUAUGCCUUCUGCUCGUGCAUUAUCUAUCUAUGCUUAGACUUACUAACGGCUUUCGAUUUAAAACAUUAAUUCAAAAGCCGUCACCACCAACUUGUGGCUUGUUGUAGACUUAUUAUAAUUAUAUAUUAAUAUAAUUUUCUUUCAAUAUUUGCUGACUUAAUAAACUUAAAAAUGUAUUAUAAUAAUUACAAAUUUAGGUAUCAUAUAAUAUAUUUAUUAUAAUUUAAACAAACUAGUGUUUUUUUUUUCUUUUUAAAUAUUAUUAUUUGAAAUAUGCUUUUGCUUUUUAUUACAUUUAAAAAAAAUAGUUUUUAAUUAGUUUUUAUUUCAAAAUAAUUUUGUUAAUUAUUGUGAUUAUGAUUUUUGUAUUUAUCUAAAAUUAUAUUUGAACAUUUCUCUUAAUUUGUUGUUCUUUAUUUGCCAAACAAAAAAUUAUUUCAAAAGACAUAUACACAAUAUUGUAGUUACACAAGUAUUUAAAAAAAAAAAACUAUUUUAUGCAUUAAAAAUAAAAUAAAAUUUUAAUAGAAUGUUAACUAUGAACGAAAACAAAAAUAUUUAAUGGCAAAUAAAUUAUAAAACGCAUACAGCAAUAACCAAAGCAUCUUAAGUGUGUAAAACUUACAACAUAGUUCAAUAUGGAAAAAAUUAUAUUAUAAUAUGAGAACAAAUAAAAUAAAUAAUAAAAAAGUGACAAAAAUACUUGCAUUUCAAA